AUGAUUAGUUUCAAGAGGAAUUUAGCCACUGCUGCUCAAAAUGGUAGUAGCAGUAGUGGUCGUAUUGCCGCCGGUCUGAUAUUAUCACGAACCCCCAUUGUUACGCCGGAGAUUAACCAAUUGGAAUCACAAUACUACGAAUACCAAAAUCAACUGAGGCGUCGUCUUAUGUGGACAUUUCCCUAUUAUUUCUACUACAAGAAAGGUACAGUUGCAGAACGUCGAUUUAUUUCAGCGCAGAGAGGUCCAAUAAAUAGACAGCCAGGAGUUUGGUAUCCAAAGGGAGUUCCCGAUAUUAAGCAUAACAGAGAAAGAUCUAAAAAACAGGAAAUAGUUUUACCCAGGGAAAACAGUGAAAAUUCUCAAAGUGGUGAUGAUCUUUCCAGACCCAUUGCACCUAAUUCAAGAGUAACACAGGCCGAUGAAAAGGGCGAUCUGUCAAGCUUAGAAAGACAAUUGGCAAGAACCCUUUACUUAUUAGUGGAAAAUGGUAAAGGUGAAUGGAAAUUUCCCUCAUUUGAAGUAGAAAACGAUGAUAUCCCCUUACACAUCAGCGCAGAAGAAGGCCUCAAAGGGUUAGGUGGACAAGAAUUGUUAACGUGGAGUGUUUCAAAUACACCUGCAGGUGUCUUACAAAAUUCUGAUGGUAAGCAUGAAUUUUUAAUGAAAUCUCACAUUCUAGCAGGUAAAUUUGAAUUACAACAAAAGAAAAAUUUCCAAAGAUUUGCAUGGUUGACAAAGGAUGAGGUUAAGAAACAUGUUGAUGAUAAAUACUUUGCAGAGACUGGAUUCCUCUUGGCAGAUAUUUAA